AUGCGCCGGUGCGAGGACGACUGGGUGAACGCUACCCAGAUCCUCAAGAUUGCGGGGUUUGGCAAGGCGCAGAGAACGCGGCUGCUGGAGAAAGAGGUGCACCAGUUCAAGCACCAGAAGAUCCAGGGCGGAUACGGCCGUUUCCAGGGCACCUGGGUGCCGUUGGACUUUGCGAGAGAACUGGCCCAGACACACAAGAUUCCUACCGAAAACUCCAAAGUGCUGUACUACGACAGGGAGAAGGACGCGCCGCUGGAAAAGCGCACCAAGACGAAGCCGCCGGCCGCGCAGGGGGCCGGGGUGGAGGCACGAAAGCGCAAGAGCAAGGUCGACGGCGAUGCCGGGCACAAGCCGAACAAGAAGGUGCCUGGGUUUUCGCAGACGCACGCGCCGCCGACGUUUGGCAGCGUGCACGCGUACCACGCGCAGUCGCAGGCCGCGCCGCCGAUGGUGCCGAUGAACACGUCGCAGUACGCCUUUUCUGCGGCGCAGCACCCCUACUCUAUGAAAAUGCCCGCCUAUUACGCCGCGCCGGCGUACCCCGGCAUGUCGCAGCAGCACGUGGUGAUGCAGCAGCCGCAGAUGCAACGGUUCUCCCACAACUACAACAACUUCGGGUCGCUGUCGACGACAGACGGGUCGCAGGACGAGCUGCGGCUCAAUAGGACCAGCUCCGACACGUCCACGUCGAGCGGGUUCGAGUCGGAGCUGAAGCACCCGGGCGAGCUCGCCAUGGACUCGUUUGCGCACCACCAGUACGCUCUCAGCACGCCGUCGGCGUCCAACAUUCUCUCGGAGCACCACGAGCUCGAAAACGGCGAGUUCGACUACUACACGGAGAAGCUGCUGAGUUUCUUUGGCAACGACGACGAGCCGAUCCCGGACUUCAUCCUCAACCCGCCGCGCGACUUCGACAUCAACAAGGCCAUCGACGACGAGGGACAUACGCCGCUGCACUGGGCGUCUGCGCUGGCGUCGCACCCGGUGAUUCAGGUGCUGAUCGAGAAGAACGCGAACCCGCUCAUUCUGAACGGCUCGGGAAUGAACAGUCUGUCGAAACUGGUCCACUUCACCAACUCGUACGACCUCAAGAAUUUCGGAAUCAUCCUGCAACUGCUGCGCCAGUGUCUGAUUGUGCCCGACGCGCAGGGCCGCACGCCCUUGCACUACAUCAUGGAGCUGACGGCGAACCCAAACAAGGUGAACUGUCUGAGCUACUACUUCGACGAGAUUGUGCGGUUCAUCGAGUUCCAGCAGAGCGAGGCCGAGCGGCUCUCUGCGGGCAAUAAGGCCGACAGAGACCUGCUGCAGAUCCUGAUAAAUCACCGCGACAAGAACGGCGACGCGGCUCUGCGGCUCGCCGUCAAGGCCGGCGAGCCCCGGUUCAUUGCGAGGCUGAUCAAGCUGGGCGCCGACGUCGACGAGGUCGGGCUGCACAACAUUCCGCCCGCGGUCGUGCAGGAGCUGCGGCUCGACCGCUACGAGAGCGUGGAGCCCGCCAAGUUCCGCACGCCGACGCGGUUUGCGGCCGAGGACGACAACAAGGAGAACGUAUUCGAGGACAACAGCACUAUCACCAACAGCAGCGUGGCGGGCAAGGACGACGCCGCGCAGCUGCUCAAGCUCGAGACGCCGCGGUCGCCCGGCUCGCGCGCAGACGACCUCGCGGCCGCCGAGUCGUUUGUCGAUAGUCUGCGCCUUUUCGAGAGCAGGCUGGCGUCGCUGAUGCAGAGCCUAAACGAGAGCGUCAAGGCCGAGCUGGGCACGAAGGAGGAGGAGCUGGCGCACAACCUCGAGACGAUCCGGCAGAUGGAGAGCGAGGUGCAGCAGCUGGGCGCCAAGACGGACAGGCUGAUGGAGCAGCUGCUGCGGGACGCGGACGACGACGACCGCCGCGUGCUGGAGAGCGCGGCGUUCGAGCCGCACACCGUGCACGGUCUUCUGGACAAGUACGAACAGCAGCUGCACGAGAAACACGAGCAGCUGGUCAACAUGUACGAGCGGUCGCAGGCGCUGGAGCUGGCAAAGCUGGUGCACCAGGAGGAGACGCAGAUCAGCGGCGCUGCGGAGCAGGGCACGGCGGCGAAGCGCGUCGAGCUGGCUGUGCAGCUGACGUCGUUGCAGAUCGAGCGGCGCGGUCUGAUCGGGUCGAUCACGGCGUCGCUCAGCGGCGUGUCCGACUGCGAAGAGGGCGACGCGGCGGCGCUCGAGGAGCGCCGCAUGCAGGCCAAGCUGUACCUGUACCGCAAGCUGAUUGCCAGCAUCUGCAACCUGCCGUUCGAGGAGAUCGACCAGGACCUGCUGACCGGAAUUGAGACGCGGCUACUGGAGGCAAAGACAUAA